UUAUUUCAGAAUUUACAUAAAUUUUAUUACUGGUUUAUAUUAGAUGAAAAUUAGUGAAUGAAAACCAUACUAACUAAAACGGAGUAUAGCUGAAAUUGCCAUGCCUCUAUACCCGAAGUAUGCAACAGCUCUUACGCGAAUUGCGCUCCAACGCGAAGCUGCCCGUGCCUACAGCCAGCAACGAGAAUCCGAUGCCAUUUUCUUUGCCACUGAAGCCCUCUGCGCUGGAAUCCACCGACGGUUCGACGACGAUAGUAGAAAGCUGACCCAAAACGAUAACAUAUUGUCCAAGUUAGUUAACGAUCUCAAUGUAAAUGAAAAUGAUCCAACGGAUAUUGAUCCAGCUGCGGGAUUCGUAAACCUCCACCAGCAUUGUCAGCAGCUUCCGGAAGAGUGGACCGUGUUCCAGAUCAGCAAAUGUUAUACACCCCGAUGGAAUUUGCUCACCCAUCAGCAAAUGCUAGAAGAGAAUACACAUGUGGAGAUUAUUCUGCUGAAAUAUCCCAAUUCGGAAACUCUGAACGGAAAACCAUUGUUGAUACGAUUGGAUCCGCCGGACAGUUCAGAUUUCUUUUCGGUGCUGUCGUCGAUUCCGGCGGAGGUGAAAUCUUUCCUUGAAGAAGAGGUUAACUCCGGUUCCCGACGACAAGAAGAAAUUGAAAAUCAUAUCGGCGGCAUAAUCGAUCGUCUGACCGCCUGGCUGGGGCCAUGGAUUGUACUUUUUAGUGGAAAAUUCACCUCCCCUCGAGAUCAAAGAUUUGAAGCGGAAAUCUUCAACCGGGUGGAGGACUUCUGCAUCACGAACAAGUAUAGCAAACGGGAUCAGGUGCUGAUUUCCCUAGUCGCCAGACGUAUGGAUCUGCUUGAUUUGAAAACGAUCUAUCGUUUCUGCUGCGAAAUGGUUAAAGACGAGGAUGGGCUCAAGGAUUUGUAUCACCUUCUCACAGAGCUGAAGGAUGACAAGUUUGAUCUACUGCAGAGUUUCAGCUGUUUUCCUUGUUUGAUGGUGGUGGAUGAACUUGUCGAUAGUUAUCCCUGGGAAAUGAUGAAUACCAGCCAGGAGUUUGGUCGAUUUGGGUCCGUUCGGUUGUUGAUGCAGCUGUUCGAGGCUCAUGAGGCUGGAAUCAAAAAUGGCUAUUUGAGGGUGCCGGUGAAGACCUAUCACAGUAUUAUCAAUCCGGAUAACAACCUAGCUAAGAUGAGCGUUCGUUUGCAGGCAUUCUACAAAGAAUGGUAUCAAGAUUUUAAACUCACUAUUGAUAGUCCACCGAGUGAUAUUGAAUUUAGCAGUAUACUGCGAGAGGUCGACGUCAUGAUUUACAAUGGUCAUGGUACCGGGCUUCAGUUUAUAGAUGGGGAAACUAUUCUACAGCAGGACAUUAGAAGCCUAAUCUUCCUAUUCGGGUGCGACUCGGUUCGAUUGUUUCCCAGUGGCAUCUUUCGCGAAAUGGCCGGUAGUCACCUGUACUACAACAUUGCCCGAUGUCCUGCGGUGGUCGGAGCGCUGUGGGCAUUGACCGAUUACUUCACCGAUUACUACUCGAUUCUAUUGGUUGGUCAGUGGAUUCCGACUCGCAAUCCCAAAUAUCGCGAACAUUCCGUUUUUGAUUUGGAUUCGUCUGCAUUCAAGUAUGGGACGUUGCAACUAACGAAAAAAUCACAAUCCAAACCUGGUUGCGACAACUUGUUGGCGCUGAUGGCACAGUUUCGACGGCGCAGCUGGCUCCCAAAGCGUAUCCGAUGUGCAAUGGUCUGCCGUGGUUUACCGGUGUUGAAUUCUACGUUCUAAAAAGGUACGUGAUAAACUGCU